AGUUCUCUGCCGCAGAAGAAGAAAAACAACCAAAACAGAAGCAGUCAGAGGUUUAAUAGAUCUGGUCACUAAAUAAAGAUGGCAACAAGCGGUACGAGUAGCGAGGAGGAGCGAAGCCUCCGAGAGUGUGAGCUCUACGUCCAGAAACACAACAUCCAGCAGCUGCUGAAAGACUGCAUCAUCCAGCUGUGCACGGCCCGGCCCGACCGGCCCAUGGCCUUCCUCAGGGAACACUUCCACAGACUGGAGAAGCAGGAAGAGGCCCAGCACGUUGCUUCGCAGCAGAAGUCCAGCUUGCGGUCCGACUCCCGUGAGGAGGAAGUUUCUCCCCCCAUGAACCCCGUGGUGAGGGGGCGGAGCCGGAGAGGAGCCAUCAGCGCUGAGGUGUACACCGAGGAGGACGCUGCCUCCUACGUCAGAAAGGUCAUCCCAAAAGACUACAAGACCAUGGCUGCCUUGUCCAAAGCCAUGAAGAAGAACGUCCUGUUUGCCCACUUGGAUGACAACGAGAGGAGUGACAUUUUUGAUGCAAUGUUUUCUGUCAACUACAUUGCUGGAGACACAGUCAUCCAACAAGGUGACGAGGGAGACAACUUCUAUGUUAUUGACCAGGGAGAAAUGGAUGUAUACGUGAACAAUGAAUGGGUGACCAGCAUUGGGGAGGGAGGCAGUUUUGGGGAGCUGGCUCUGAUCUACGGGACCCCUCGGGCAGCUUCAGUCCGGGCCAGGUCCGAUGUCAAACUGUGGGGCAUCGACAGAGACAGCUACCGGAGGAUACUGAUGGGAAGCACUUUGAGAAAGCGCAAAAUGUACGAGGAGUUCCUCAGCAAGGUGUCCAUUCUAGAGUCUCUGGAUAAAUGGGAGCGUCUGACGGUGGCUGAUGCCUUGGAGACGGUUCGCUUUGAGGACAGACAGAAGAUUGUGGUGCAGGGAGAACCUGGAGAUGAAUUCUUCAUCAUCCUGGAGGGGACAGCAGCGGUGCUCCAGAGGCGCUCAGAGGUGGAGGAGUUUGUGGAGGUGGGCAGUCUGGGACCUUCAGAUUACUUUGGUGAGAUCGCCCUGCUGAUGAACCGGCCCCGUGCUGCCACUGUUGUUGCAUGUGGACCUCUGAAGUGUGUUAAACUGGACCGUCCCCGGUUUGAACGAGUCCUGGGCCCCUGCUCCGACAUCCUGAAGAGGAACAUCGAGCAGUACAACAGCUUUGUUUCCCUCUCUGUCUGACCUUUCCUCUGCUGCAGGUUUCACCAACACACAUCAGCUUGUUUUACUGCUUCCACACUCUCUCACGUUACCACGACCACAUGACUCUGUUACACCUGGUACAGCUCGUGUGUUUUAUCUUUGGUGUAUGAACUCAGGUGAUAAGGUUUGUUUUCUCACAAGGGAAGAUUUUCACCUGUAAUCCUAAUAACAAAUCAGUGUUUUUGCGUACACUUUCAAAGUAAAGGUGAAAUUAAGAAAUGAGAUGUACAUGAUGACUGUGCUUCCACACUGAGCUCAGUGAUUUCAGAGAUGUGGAUAGUCUCAGAUCAAGUCUACGUAUGUAUAAAACACAUUUUAAAACAUUUUGAUUAAGGGUAAAAAAACGUUUAGAUCAUAAACAUGGAAAUAUGUAUAUGAAAUACACAAAUCACAUUAACCCUUGUGCCCUCCUUGGGAAUUUUUGUACAUGUUUCUCUUAUUUUUUUGUUCAUUUGUUGAUUUUUGCCUGUGUUACAGCUUGAGGCAUGAAUUUUUCUUUUCAGUAAAAUUUUUGAAAUCCAUUGUCAUUAACC